GCUCUGAUUGGCUGUCUCUUGGCUACAAGACAGACAUCACUCUGAUUGGCCCAAAGUUUUCACGCAUCUCUUUCAUUCAUGUGAGUCAGUGUGCGCUCGUCCGGACUCGCAGCAGCGCGUCUAGAUGGAGAGAAUCAAUUCACCGUUACAACGAAUGAGGGCCAUCAGCGGUGACGCACCAUAUUCACUAGCUUUCAGAGCAAAAACGACUUUGGAUAACGCAUCAGUUGCAGCUCACUAGGUCGGAAUAACGAUGUCAGAACUAUGGAGGCUUUCAUUUUGCAUGUCAUUUCUUUCCCUGGCGAUCGCAAACUCCUCAUCAGUCAGUCAUCAGAUGCCUCCUGAUCUCAUCCAUCCUCCACAAAGCAGGAGCAAACCACAGAGACACCGACAUCACUCCAACUCAACCACAAUACAGAUAGAUUUAAAAGGGCCCAACGUUUGUGGCACCAGGUGCUGUUAUUCAUGGCUAGUCAACCCCAAGACCAAGCAGUGCACAAAACCAAGAUGUCACCCGCGCUGCCAUAAUAAAGCAGUCUGUCGCCGGCCGAACAUCUGUCAGUGUCGUCCAGGCUUCCACGGCCAUCGCUGUGAACAUGUUAAUAUCAACCCAACCCUGAGCACCUGGUUUGAGACACAGCCUGGUCCCAUCUUACACUCAACCGCUGCCGUGGCAACAGUUACCACGGCAACACGUGUAUCCACCACCAUCCAACCCAACAUCUCCACAUCUGCCUCCAACCCAGAUGCAAGAAUGACAUACUCAUUACGCUGGCAACCGCCCAGUUUAAAAGAGGCCCAGUCAGUCCUGUUGAAGAGAGUGCUAUCCAAUGGAACAGGUGGAGAGAAGAUCACAAGCGUUAUACUGAAAUACAUUGAGUCCGAGCGCAACAGACUGGAGUCUUCAUCCUCUACUGGAGCAACCAAACUCUCCAGCACCAAAACCUUUCACACUCAACGCGGCCAGUACACACUCGUUUACACAGCAGGUCAGUCCAAGCUAGCUGGGAAAAUUGUUAAAAAUUAAAUGUUUUAGGGAAAACAU